AUGGCGGCGUGCAGUGUAGAAGCGCUGUUAGCCAAAGCUGAGCAAGAAGAGGCAGAAAAACUGAAAAGCAUCACCGUCCUCAAGGAGCUGGACCUGGACUUCGACAUCGGAAACCUGCUCGCUUGUGACAAAAACCGCGUAGAGCCGCGAGUUUUCAGAGAGCAGAAAAAAGACGAUUUCCUGCGGGCUUUAGCUCGUGACAACACGCAGCUGCUCAUCAACGAGAUCUGGAAACUGCCCACCGAGAGGGUCCAGGAGGCGAUAGUGGCCAAACUACCGGACCCUGCGACCCCUCUACCCAGAGAGAAACCCCCUCCAAAGCCUAAACCGCCCACCAAAUGGGAAGAGUUCGCCAAGCUAAAGGGCAUCCAGAAGAAGAAGAAGACCAAUCUAGUGUGGGAUGAAACUGCGAAGGAGUGGAGAAGGCGCUGGGGGUACAAGAGGGCGAAUGAUGGCACCAAAGAGUGGUUGAUUGAGGUACCUGAGACUGCAGACCCCAAUGAGGACCAGUUCGCCAAACGCAACAAAGCCAAGAAGGAGAGAGUGGCUAAAAAUGAGUACAACAGGCUGAAAAACAUCGCCAGGGCGCAGAAGGUCAAGGUACCUGGUGUUGGACUGACCCCUAAAGCCCAGCAGUCCAAAGACGAGCUGUCCAGAGCUGUCAGCGUGGCCAGAACAUCCACAGCAUCAGUGGGGAGGUUUCAGGACAGCCUCCCAAAAGAGAAAGCUCCUAAAAACCAGGGCAAGAAAAGAAAGUUUGAUCCUCUCAUUGGGGAUUUUUCAAACGAGAAGAACAAGCAGCUGGAGCUCCUCAAAGUAAUGGACAGCAAGAAGCCCAAACUGGACGUCACCAAGGCCGUGAAUAAGCAGAUGAGAGAGGAGGACAGAGAGGAGGCCACAGCGAAAUUCAAGAAAGGAGCAGGAAAGAAAGGGCGCAAAGGAAACAUGCAAGGAAAAGGAAAAGGAAACAUGCAAGGAAAAGGCAAAGGAAAAGGAGGGAAGGGUAAAGGAGGCAAAGCUGGUGGAGGAAACAAGAGGAGAGGCAAAGUGGGGAAGCGUUGA